AUGGCGACGGAACACCAGAUGACCCUGGGCUCGUGGCAGCCCAGGAGAGCAGAGUGCUACCAGACGGGCUCGUUGACCCCGGAGGCAAGGGGCUGCUCGGUGGAGGAGCGCCUCGCGGGUACUGAUGGCGUCCCCGUGGAGCCGCUCGAGACCGGCCCAGAAGGUGAGGUUGUGCUCGGCCCUGGGGUGUCACUCGAGGCCGGGCUCGACACCUCUACUGAGCUACUUGGGCCUUCUCCAGCUGACGUGACAGAGCUAGAGGCCGGUGGGUUCGUCGCGCUGCUCUGCGGCUCCGGGCUAAUUGAACUUGCCACGGAAGAGCCGGCUAGUUGCGAUGAAGUAUCCAGUGAUGAACUAGGAAGACUUGUGCCUGAAGAUAGCAGGGGAUUCGUAUUGGUUGGCUGUGCCUUGGAGAAGGGAGCCGACGCUGUGUUUGACGUGCUCGGUGCUCCAGUUGAAAGCCCAGGCCCGGUCAGUGUACCGGACAAUGGUGGCGAUGAAGGACCAGGACGACCAGCAGAUGGCGACGAAGCACUCUCGGACAAGUUCUCCGAGGAAGUGGAGGCGGGGACGGAACUCGAAGGCCCCUCACUCUCUCCGCUCGACACGGAGCUUGUUGGCAGACUGGAGAUGACACUGUUUGAUGCCGAGCUCGGCGGUUCCGUCAUGGAGACGCUCAGACUUUCGCUGCUACUCGGGCUGGGAACUCCGAGGGACUCGGACGGAGUAGAAGCUCCAGGUGAUGAAGCAGACACGGCCCCACUGGUUGAAGUCGGCAAGCCCGGGGUAGCAGUGCCAGAACUUGAACUUCCAGAUGAGGUAAUCGACGAUUCGGUGCUCUGCCCUGUGCUUAGACUUGUGCUUAGACUCGCGGAGGUCGAUAAAGUCUCAGUGGUGGAAGAUGGAGACAAAGUAUUACUCUCCCGACUCGUAGGGCUUGUCUCGACGGCAGAGCUGGCGAUACUGCUCGCCGAUCCUGAGGGCUGA